AUGACAAUGUCGAUGUACUCGACGACGGAUAAAAUGAAAAUGUCAGCGCCCAGUUGUUUUCCAGGACGCUACAGUCCCUCCUAUCGAAGUUCGGAGCAAAUGCGUCGCUGCAUGCCAAAUCCAUCUAUUCACAUCUCAUCAUCUUGCGAUUCUCUCGAGAGUCGUUUGUUAGAAGACGCUUCCCUAUUAUGCAAUUCGUGGUCAGCACGUCAGAAUGGUGAUAUCUUCGCGGGCAUCAACGAUGGAAUCCUCAGCAGAGCGGAGGCCCUGGCCGCCGUCGACAUCCAGAAGCACCAAGCCCAGCAUGUACAUAGCCAAAUGCCCUCCCAAAUCAAGCACGACGUCAUGUACCACCAUCACUCCAUGAGUGGGCCUCCCCAGCGUCCGUUGCAGGAAAAUCCUUUUUCUCGACAGAUGCACCACUCGAUGGACCAGCUGGACAUGCUGGAUCCGACGGGCUCGAUGACCACACUGGCGCCCAUCUCGGAGUCGCCGCUGACGCCCACACACCAACACCUGCACGGUUCCUAUCACAGCAUGAAUCACAUGAUGAGCCACCACCAUCCGGGCACGUUAAGUGGCCACACGGGGGGACAUCAUGGACACUCGGCGGUACAUCAUCCUGUUAUCACGGCGGCGGUGGCUGCCGCUGGCCUGCAUCCCGACACAGAUACCGAUCCUCGCGAGCUGGAGGCGUUUGCGGAGCGCUUCAAGCAGCGGCGCAUCAAGCUGGGUGUCACGCAGGCGGACGUGGGCAAAGCCCUGGCCAAUCUCAAGUUACCUGGCGUCGGAGCGCUGUCGCAGAGCACGAUCUGUCGAUUCGAGAGCCUGACCCUGUCCCACAACAACAUGAUCGCCCUGAAGCCCAUCCUGCAGGCGUGGCUCGAGGAGGCCGAGGCGCAGGCGAAAAACAAGCGGCGCGAUCCGGAUGCGCCCAGUGUCCUGCCGGCGGGCGAAAAGAAAAGAAAAAGGACUUCCAUUGCGGCACCUGAAAAGCGUUCCCUGGAAGCCUACUUCGCCGUCCAGCCGAGGCCAUCCGGUGAGAAAAUCGCAGCGAUUGCCGAAAAGCUGGAUUUGAAGAAAAACGUGGUGCGCGUCUGGUUCUGCAAUCAACGUCAAAAACAAAAACGUAUAGUUAGUAGUGUAACACCCUCAAUGACUGGCCACGGUUCGGCGGGAUUUGGAUACUGAUAGUCGUUUAUGACGGCAGCGGCGGCGGUAAACACGGCAGCGGCAGCGGCGGCAGGAGCGGCACAUGCGACACUGGGAACGGCGGCGGCGGCGGCAGCGGCGACAUCGGCCUGUCUGGGCGACUAUUAUCUGUAGUUAUCUGUAUCGGCUUCUGGAUUCUGGAUACUGGUUCUGAUCCGAUCCGAUACCGAUCCUGCUCCUGAUCCUGCUCCUGCACCUGCUCCUGAUCCUCGUACAUAUAGUAUUCUUCGCAACGGCGGCAGCAGCACCACCACCACCACCAACAACAUCACAACCACAAGGGCAACCACAACCACAACCACAACAACAAUAACCACGACGAUGACCACUUCGCUCCAUGUCUUUCACUCAGUAACCAAGCAGCAGCGGCCAGAAAAAAUACUAAUAAUAAUAGCAGCAUUACACAGAACUAUAACAUUUAUAUACACCUUCUCCUCAACUAUAUACUCGUAUAUCCCCCGAUUCUUAAGCCCCCCCCUCCUACGAUCAUUCAGAAAGAGAAAGCCCAAGAAUCGAAAGCUGACAAAUGGAGAAAACUAGAGCAUUACCCAAGUAAACACAUCGUUUGCGAAUAACACAACCAAUGAGAAUGCAAAUUGAAUACCAAGAAAUACAAGAAUUUUUUUAGGAACGAAUAAUGAAACAAUGGACCAACAUAUCAAAUGCAAUAAUUUAUUGAAUUGUAUAAGAACAAAGG